AUGAGUAGUGGGGAUGAAAAUUAUAAUCUACAUAAUUUAGAUAAUAUAAAUAAUAAUAAUAUUGAUGAUAACAACAUAAAGAUAAGUCAAUUACAACCAUCAAUAAAUAAUUCAGAUAAUAAUGAUCUUAAUAAUCAUAGUGGGAUAUCUAAUAUUAAAUCAUCUUCCAUAUCAAAAAUUGAAUCAAAUAUAAAUAAAUUAAAUUUACAACCACCUGAAACUAAUAUAAUAUCAUCAAAUGAAAAUAAUAAUUCUUCAUUAAGUUUAGGAUCACCAAUGCAAGAUAAAAUUUCACAAUUUUCAAAUAAUAAUAACAAUAAUGAUAAUAAAACUAAUGAAAAAUAUGAUCAAAAUGGAUACCAUGAUAAAUCUAUAAAUUCAGAUAUAAAUGAAAACAUUGGAAAAAAAGUUGAAGAAGAAGAAAAAAUAAACAACUAUAAACCUGAGGAGAAAGCUGAAGUUUCAGUAAAUGAUGUGGAUAAAAUAAUACAAGGAAUGCCACCUCGUAUGCCUGGUACUUUUAAUGUUAAUGCAUUACAUUCUGGUGAUGAAGAAGAACAAUAUAAUCAAUUAAGACAAACUAUAAAUAAAAAUGAAAGUAAAGAUUCUUUUAGUCCUGGAACUUUUGAAAGUCCUUCUCAUAUUUCAUCAAAUGAUCAAUUGCAAAAUAGCCAUAUUAAUGAUUCACCACCUGUUAUAUUAGAAGAAGAUAUAAAAAAUAUUAAUGAAAAUAAAGAUAAUACCAUAAAUCUGCAAGAAACUUAUAUAAAAGAUCAUGAGCAACAACCGCAACAACAACAAGAUCAACAUACUGAAACUCAAAAUGAUAAUUUAGAUACAACUUCCCAUAGUCAUUCAGCUUUUCUGUCUACUUCAAACAUUGAUACUAAUUAUGAUGAAUUACAAUCACGUCAACUGACUACUUCAAGUAGUAUUUUUCAUCAAAAUCAUCAUAUACCUUCAAAUCCAAAUUCAACUAGAUUUUCACAAAUUUCAAAUUUUAAAUCAACUUUAGAUCCUGGUAAACCAAUUCAUAAUAAUAUUUCAACUCAAUCACCAAUGGAUAUUGAUAAUUAUUUAACUAAAAAUGAAAUUGAUGAUAUUUCUUCAACAAAUACUGAUUCACAAAAUCCUUUGAAAAAUGAUUUAUUGGAAAAAAUACCUACUAUUGAAGAUGAAAAUAUUGAUGAACAACCAUUACAACCGCCACCUCAACAACAACAACAACAACUACAACAACAAACUCAAACUCAAAUAAAAAAACCAAUUGAAACUCCAAAACAACAAUAUUACCAAACUCCUUCUAUAGAUCCAGAAGAAGGUGAAGAGGAAAGACCAACACCGAAUAGAAAUGUUUCAUCUACUUCAACUGUUGUAAGAACUCCAAGAAGUGCAACUACACCUAAUGAUACACAAACACAUUUGGGAGCUCAUAAUCAAACAGCAGCAGUUACUCCAUUACCACAACAAAUUAAUAAAUUUCAUCUGAGUAACAACUCCCCUUCAACUUCUUCAAUUAAUAAUCAUUCACAAAGUACUAUAAAUACUUCAUCACCUAGAGAUAAUUUAUCCAUUGGAUUAAAUCAUUCAAAUAAUUCCCCAAAAAAUGGUAAAAAGAGAAAAAGUGGUAGUAAAGUGAGAGAAGUUUUCCUGUCAAUGUUUAAUAGUAAACAUAAAUCACAACCUUCAGGAUCGCAAUCACCAGAAUUAAAUAUGAAAAUCAGUACACCAUUCAAUGCAAAACAUGUUGCUCAUGUUGGAGUUGAUGAUAAUGGUUCUUAUACGGGUUUACCAGUUGAAUGGGAAAGAUUAUUGGCAGCAAGUGGUAUAUCAAAGAGAGAACAACAACAACAUCCUCAAGCUGUUAUGGAUAUAGUUGCAUUUUAUCAAGAUACAAAUGAAAAUCCUGAUGAUCAUGCUUUUAAGAAGUUUCAAUUUGAUAAUAAGAAUAAAAGUAAUUCAAGUUGGCUAGGAAGUGAUACUCCACCUCCAACUCCUGGUGGUUCUACUUCUUCACAACAAACUCCACCAACAUCGUAUUUUGAAAAACAACAAACAGAUGCUCCUCCAAGUAGAGCACCUCCACCACCACCAACCUCACAACAACAACCACAACUACAAAAUGAUAAACUGAAUAACAAUAUUCAACAAGUACCUAAAACUCCUGGUUCCACUCAAGAGCAUCAAUUCAUACCAAGUAGGCCAGCUCCAAAACCACCUUCAACUCCAGCUUCAUCCAACAAUGUCAAUAGAACACCGUCAUCUCAUAAAGGUACAACUUCACAAAAACAUCUGCCUGAUAAUUCAAGUGAAAAAUCACCAAAUAAAUUUAAAACUCGUUCAUUAUCUUCAAAAUCAAUAAAGUCAAUGAGAUUUGGUAAAAAUAAUGAUAAUCAAUUUACAAAUAUAGCACCUCCACCACCACCUCCAAUACCUUCAAAUAUUCCAAAAUCUAAAUCUCAUUCUGCAUCAUUAUCAAAUCAAAUUAAACCAGACACUUCAGGUCCAACUACUGCACCUGUUGCUCCAUCUGCUAAAUUUGAAGAUCAAAAUCAAGACAAUAAUGUAUUACCAAAACAAAGAUUUCAAAAAGAUUUUACUUCUCAUAGAGCACCACCUCCACCACCAAUUCCAAAACAUCAAGAUUUAUCAAACAGUUCUCCUCAACAAGCAUUAGCUGAUGUGACUUCUUCAUCAAAUGUUCAAGAAGUUCAACAUAACAAAUAUCAAGAAGCUCAACAAAGAUUAAGAGAACAAAAGGCAAGAGAAUUAGAAAAAAUCCAGAGACAACAACAAGCUAGAAAACUAGAGCAACAACAAUUAAAAGAACAACAAGAACAACAACAAAAUGCAUCUUCUGCUCAACAACCACCAAUUCCAAUACCGUCAACCAAAAAGACUUCAUCAGGGGGGCCAGUAAGAGAUGCAAAACAAGCAGCAUUAAUAGCUCAAAAGAAAAGAGAAGAAAAGAAACGAAAAAAUCAACAAAUUAUUGCAAAAUUGCAAAGUAUAUGUACUCAAGGUGAUCCAAAUGAAAUAUAUGGUGAUUUGAUUAAAAUCGGUCAAGGUGCAUCGGGUGGUGUAUUUAUAGCUCAUGAAGUUUCAAAUAAGCAUAAAACAGUUGCCAUAAAACAAAUGAAUCUUGAACAACAACCUAAAAAGGAAUUAAUUAUUAAUGAAAUUUUGGUAAUGAAAGGUUCAAAACAUCCAAAUAUUGUAAAUUUUAUUGAUUCUUAUUUAUUAAAAGGUGAUUUAUGGGUUAUUAUGGAAUAUAUGGAAGGUGGUUCAUUAACAGAAAUUGUUACACAUAGUGUUAUGACGGAGGGACAAAUUGGUGCAGUUUGUAGAGAAACUUUAAAAGGUUUAAAAUUUUUACAUUCAAAGGGAGUUAUUCAUAGAGAUAUUAAAUCAGAUAAUAUUUUGUUAGAUAUAAAUGGUAAUAUAAAAAUGACAGAUUUUGGAUUUUGUGCUCAAAUUAAUGAUAUAAAUUUAAAAAGAACAACAAUGGUUGGUACACCAUAUUGGAUGGCUCCUGAAGUUGUUUCAAGAAAAGAAUAUGGUCCAAAAGUUGAUAUUUGGUCUUUAGGUAUAAUGAUGAUUGAAAUGAUUGAAGGUGAACCACCAUAUUUAAAUGAAACUCCUUUAAGAGCUUUAUAUCUUAUUGCAACUAAUGGUACUCCAUCAUUGAAAGAACCAGAAGCUUUAAGUUAUGAUAUUAGGAAAUUUUUAAGUUGGUGUUUACAAGUUGAUUUUAAUAAAAGAGGUAGUUCAGAUCAACUUUUAAAUGAUAAGUUUAUUUUAGAAGCUGAUGAAGUUGAGACUUUGGCACCACUUGUCAAAUUAAUCAACGUAUCAAAAGAUGGUUAA